AUGACCGACUAUUCUAAAGAGACGGUUGUCCAAUUGAAGGCUUUAUUGAAGGCUAAAGGCUUAUCAGUAGAUGGAAAAAAGGCUGAGUUGAUCCAACGUUUGAUUGACUCUGAAGCAGCAGCUGGUAAUGGUGAAGUUGUAGAACAACAACCAGAAGCUUCUGAAGCUGCUGCUGCUCCUGCUGAAGAACCAGUUGAAGCCCAACAAGAGCAGCAAGUUGAUGCUACUGAUCCUACGGCUCCUGCUCCUAUUCCUGAAGCCACCAACGGUAAUGUGGAUCAAGCAGCUGGCGAAGUUUCUGAAACUCCUAUUGAACAAGAGCAAGCACCUAAGGAAGUGUCACCAGAAGAGAGGAAACAAUUGGCCGUGGAAUUAUUGACCAAGAAGAUUCAUAGGGCUGAAAAGUUUGGCGAUGAAGCCGCAGCUGAAGUAGCAAAGAAGGAUUUAGCUCGUGUGCAGAAGUUUGGUGUUGAAUUAGGCACUGCCUUAGCCAGAGAGAUUGGAUUGGUGGAUAAGACUUUAAGUGAUAAGAAAUUCCACAGAAGAAAGUUCAAUGGUAAGAAGAAGAAGAAUCAUAAUAAGGUUACCAAAGGUGGAAGAGGUGGCCGUAACAAUAAUAAAUAA